AUGGCUAGUUCCCCUCCUCCACCAAACACCACCUCCCGCCCUCAAUCCUUGGGCACUCCCGCGGCGCCAGUUCCUCCCCCCGUACCCGUUGAGACCCAUCCGAAUCGAGCAGGAUUAAAGCCUCGCCCCCCUUUACGCCCUCCGCCGGAUCCGAGCCGACUCGCACCGGAAGAUGCUUACUUUGCUCACUCGCCCCCGCGAUUGCGGCCGCUUAACCUCCCGAACAACCAUGCGGCAAGCAACCCUGACCUGCUUAACCGGGUUGUUGCAACACCUGCGGCGGUAGCUGCGUUGAGACCGCCGCCAGCUGUACCCGGCACGAAACCAAAAGCUACGGGGGAGGCGCGGCGAGACCGCGGGCGCAGUCGGAGGAGAAAGCGGCAGUGGAAGAAGUUGUUAUGGGUGAAGCAGUCCUACCCAGAUAAUUACACAGACACGGAGACGUUCCUCGACCAUUUGCAACGAAAUCCCAGAUUACGACCCUACGAUUUCUGGCCACUAGUGGCCGAUUUUACCGUUAUUGUGCAACAUGUUUGCUCUGUUAUAAUAUUUGUUUGCUGCUUUUCUGCCAUUUUUCAAGAGCGUGUUAGUCCAGUGUCGGUGGUCAGCUGGGCGACCCUAUGUACGAUAUUCUGCUGGUGUCUUUGGGAUUACUGGGAGGGAAAGGUUCAGAUGGAAUCCGCGCAAUGUCAGCAUGGUACGGUCGGCGAUCCAGCAGACGACGGCUCAAGCUCCGGCUCUUUGUCCGGUUCCGCAGGAGACGACCGAAAAAGAAAGUCUACGGACAAUGGGCUUGGGCUAUCUCUAGAUUUAUCCAGUAUAGGAAGCCCACCAAGCCGACAGAGUACUAUGACCAGCUCAUAUUCUGACGAUACAUCUGCGACUUCUCUACACUCAACACGAUCUUCGGUUUCCCCCCCGCCUCUCAUGUCGAACAGUCCUAGCUGCUACCCUAGUCCUUCCAACAUUAUCCCCAAAUCUCCUGGAGGAAUAGCCAUAAACUCUUUUCAUGUACCCUAUCUUCCCUCUCGCGCUACUCAACGUUUGAUAACAGCAAAAUCUGCGCUCCUCAUCUUUUGUGCGCUCCAAGGCCUUUCUCCCAUCCUCAAAUCCCUCACGAAAUCUACAACGAGCGACUCUAUCUGGGCCAUGUCCUGCUGGCUCAUGAUAAUCAACGUUUUCUUCUUCGACUAUGGGAGCGGGACAAAAGAAAACCAAAAUCUUAGCAACAACACUGGCGCAGGGGCUGUGGCUGCUAAGUUCCCCGCGUCCCUAUCCACGAAUGCGGCGUUAAUGGCCUCCACAGUCCUCGCCUCCAGACUCAAAUCGACCACGCACGUGUUCAGCCUAACGCUGUUCUCCAUUGAGGUCUUCGGGCUAUUUCCCGUGUUCCGACGCCACCUUCGCGCAAUUUCCUGGCGCGGCCAUGUCCUACUUACCGUAUCUCUCGUUAUCGCAGCUGGAGCAGCAGUGGGAGUCACCCUGAAGGGAGGCUACAAAGGAAUGAUAUUGGGAAUAUUGAUUGGUGCCCCAUCCACUGCGUUAGCCAUGGGAGGGUGUAGCUGGUGGUUGAUUCGGUUGCAGAAGUAUAAGAAUGUUGUUGCAGGCCCGUGGGAUCAAGCCAAGCCUAUUCUGAGAAGGCAUUGGGACUGA